AUGUUGCAGAUCAAUAUCGUAUUGUUUACAAUCACGAUAGUGAUAUUCCACAGCAAUUGUGUGAAUAGUCUUGCUCAUGACACUGGUUUCGAAGCUAGUGCAUCUGCAAAUAUUGGUGGGAAUGGUGCACCAAUAUUUUCCAUUCCAUCACGCACUAUAACCGGAACAACGUUUGGUAAUUCAAUUAUGAAUAUUGGCCCGAAUCAACUCAGAGAAGAUAUGAUUUUUGCUGAACUUCAAGCCGGAAAUAUUCCUGAUUUCAUGAGAACUCCGAUUCCAAUUUCGGUUACAGCUGGUAAUGAUACACUUACAUAUUGGGUUCUUCCUGAUGUUCUCUGCGUUGGUACAAAUGCCGAUUAUUUACGAACACCACUAAAUCCGUUAACAGCUCGGAGAGUUGCCGAUAUAUACGCUGGUAAUGAUACACUUACAUAUUGGGUUCUUCCUGAUGUUCUCUGCGUUGGUACAAAUGCCGAUUAUUUACGAACACCACUAAAUCCGUUAACAGCUCGGAGAGUUGCCGAUAUAUACGGUGCUGUUCUGCCAACAAAGAAGAUGGCACAUCAAAUCUGGCAAGCAGCAACAGUCAAGUUAACACCUAGUCCAAAUGGUCCACCCUACGAUUCGACAAUGAUGUCAACAGAACGCAUGGUAUUUCAUAAUACGAAAAUUCAAACUGCGCUCGGCAAUAAAACCCCUGGUGAAUUGAUUAGCGGUCAUAAAAAAGAUGUGGUAAUCACUACAGGAUUAUUGACAUAUCCACAAAAUGUCGCCAUUGUCGGGUGGUGGUACCCAUCAGGACAAAUGAUUCAACCACUGAAUUACAAAUCACACGAUCGAUUUUAUAAAGACUACAGUCAUGGCAUACGAUUGGUUAAUCGCAUGGUAACAAUCAAUGGACAAUGGUACGAUAUAUAUGAUGUGUUACGCAAUGCAGCAGUAGCAUCACUAAUAAGUGAUGAAGGUGCAUUUGAUGCUACACAAAUGUACACUUGA